AGGGCAGGCGAGCGGAGGCCGGGCGACGCGGCGCCAUGGAGCAGUACUUCUCGGCCACGCAGAGGAUGGAGCGCGAGGUGAUGUUCCCCAGCCUGCUGCGGGGCGUCUUCGCGGAGCCCCCCGAGGCCGGCGCCGGCGCCCGCACCGACCUCUACGAGCGCUACCAGCUCCUCAAGGCCAUGAAGCCCGUGGUGCAGAGAGGCCUGGGCGGCGGCGGCGGCGAGCAGAGCGCGCCCGUGGGCGGCGCGUGCCCGGCGCCCGAGCACRCGGAGGGCGCGGAGCUGGAGGAGCGCCUUGCCCACCACCUGCACGGCCUGCAGCAGGUGCUCAGCCACCUCGCCAGGGACGCCAACGCCCUCACGCGGCGCUACAGCCAGAUCCUGGAGCAGAUCAACCUCGGCGAGGGGCAGCCCAGCUGGUGAACGGCGCCCUGGACGCCAAGACCUACUCGUCCUCCAUGCACCGAGGCAGCUCCACCCUCAUCCCGGUGCUGAACAAGAGCCAUGGUUUGGACCCUKGGAGAACCUCCUCGCCUGUUGCUGUCCCUGCAUGAAGAGACACCUGCCAUCAUCUCCA